AUGGAGUCACGCCUGAAGAUUGCAUUCGCCAUGGCAUCGUUCCUGGUGAUCCUUACAGCGGUGGCAGCAACGUCGACGGCAGACGAAAAUCAGUUAAAGGUUUGCGGUGUAUCUCUAAGUCAGCUUAUGACAUGUCUACCGGCAGCGAAGGGACCAAAUCCGGCGCCACCAUCGCCCGACUGCUGCAAGACGCUCUCAAGCGCGGAUCUAAAGUGCUUUUGCAAGUUCUUAAAUAGUCCAAAUCCGCCUCCGUUUGGCGUCGACCCCAAACUCGCCAAGCAACUUCCUCAGAAGUGCAAGCUCGCGGCGCCGGCGUGCUGA